UUAGUUUGAAACCAGUAUGCCAAUUCUUCAUCUGGUCUUCCCUGUCAGUAUCACAAACCCUUGAAAAGUGAAAACACACUCUUCCUGUCUACUUCUUUUGUUGUUGGGAAGCAGGAACAUAGCUAAAGGAAGCAGCUUUUGGGGAACCCAGAAAGCACUUUUGUCAUUUUGGGUUCAAUAUUCUCUCUCACAACUGCAGUGAAUUCUCAUCUCCUGUUUCUGCUUUCAGGUGAAUUUUGGAACGGUACUGUGGUUGCUUCAAGUGUUAUUUGAUGAAUAGUUGAACUGCCCUGAGAUUAAGUUGCAGCAUCUGGACAUGGAUAAAGCAUCUUCGGAAUGUCCCUACCCAGGAUGCUUUUUUUGUGUGAUGAAGGAAGGGAAUCCAAGUAAACGAAGAGCGAGUAUCCUGAACUUUUUUAGAGACCUUCCUACACAGGAUGAUGAUGGUCAGGUUCUUCCUAUUAGCGGCCUUUGGAAUACGGCCAUGGCACAUCCAAAUGAUCCUGAGUUCAUUCAGCUUGGUAUCUUUGACUGUAUGGCUUCACUCAUAUGCAAGGGUCUCAAGAAUCGUCGGUGGCUUUCUCAUGACCAAAAUAUAUACAUUCCUUACUAUGCGGCUCACAUCAUUGGCUCAUACACAAUGAACAUGGAAGAAUUUGCAGAAACCGCUGUUCAUGCUGGUGUAAUUCCGCCCUUAGUUGAACUUUUGAGAGGAAGGUUGACCUGGGUUGAACAGAGAGUCGCUGUCCGAGCUUUAGGCCACCUGGCUACCUAUGCCACCACUUUUCCUGCCGUAGCAAGUCAUGGUGAAAUUCUUGAGCUCUCUAUUCAACUGGCAAUCAGCUCACUUGAGAUUGUUUAUUCACAUUUCUACCAGUAUGUAGACAGAAGGUUAAGCUAUCACUGUGAUCUCCUCACUCGUGGCAUGGGAGGUGUUGAAAUGGAGUCCAGAAAGGCUGAAGAAUGGGCAAGUCAGUUGCAAUGCUGGUCUCUCCAGCUUAUCAACUGUUUUGCCUUCAAACCUGAGUUUCUUCCAACCAUAUGCAAGUCUGAAUUCUUAACAAAACUACCUGGCAUGUGGGGUGGCCUUGUCAAUGAAAACUCUCCGGCUGGUAUUGGUUUACUAAGAACAAUUUGUCAUCAUAAGCUAGGUAGAGGACCUGUAGCUAGCUGUCCUGGUAUUAUUGAAGCAUUGUGUAAUAUUGCUCGCUCAUCAGAUGAUUGGCAGUAUAUGGCUAUUGAUUGUCUUCUCUGGUUACUUCAAGACCCUAGUACAUGUCAUAAGAUUAUUGAUAAGGCUGUACCUGCACUUGUUGACCUUGCGGAGAUUACAACUCUGUGUGAUAACAAGAAAUUCGGCGAUUCCAUUGUCAAUGUUCUUCAGGAAUGUAUUCAGUCACAAGGGACUGGACGUAACUCUUUUAGUAGCAGAACGAAAGAAAUGAUUGAGGAACUGUUGAAUUCCAGACAGAGAUUGAAAUGGGAAAAGAAUAUGCCAAAAGAGGAUCUCCAUAUUAAACAGGCAGCAGCACUUGUGGUCAAGCUUGAAGGAAAUUCCCUGUUCUCAUCAGGAAAUAUAUCUGGAGCUGCAUCAAAAUACUCGGAAGCAUUGGCGUUGUGUCCGAUGAGAUCCAAAAAGGAAAGAGUUGUUCUUUACAGUAAUCGGGCUCAGUGUUAUCUUCUGUUGCAACAGCCCUUGGCUGCCAUUAGUGAUGCUACACGUGCACUUUGUCUUCACAGCCCACUAAAUCGUCAUGCCAAAAGUCUCUGGAGAAGAGCUCAGGCUUACGACAUGCUUGGAUUUGCAAAAGAGAGUUUGUUAGAUGCCAUUCUGUUCAUAAAUGAGUGCUCUCAGUCAAAUGAUCCUGAUCUUUCAUUGCGGCAAAAUAAGGUACCUGAUUAUGCUGAACGAUUGGUUAAAAAGCAGAUGCGUGCAGCUUGGUUAUUCAGAGAGGCAGCUAUCAAACAUGGGGGUGUGCAUUGUGAGGGUGAUGCUGGUGACAUAUAUGGCCGAGAGAGUGAUGAUUCUGAAUGGGAGACAGCAAGUGAGAGUGAUAUAGGAAAUGAUGGAAGGGAUGCAAUGGGCAAUGAUGACGAUGACGAUGAUGAUGAUAGCGAGUGGAAGAAUGAGGAUGAGAGGAAAGACAAAUAUGAUAAAUCUUCAGUUAAAGACCUAAAGCAUGGAUACAAUGUGCAGCUUGCGGAAGAUGAACCAUGAAUUUGGAUGCAGAGGGACCCUAUCAAAUUAUGAGCAUUCAAUAAAGAAUCAACAAUGGAUGAAGCUUUUGAAUCCAGUCAAAUCAAUGGAGAUUCAACAGCAAUGUCUUUGCCUCCCCAAUAUGCAAAUCGAGAAAGGGAACUAUUUGAGUCAAUUGUGUGAAAUAUUCAAUUAUAUUGGUUUGCGUGUGAAUUCUUACAAUUGUGUAGAAGGGAACUUUUUCUCUCCUUUUCAUUUACUUUUGUUUUAUUGUGUAAAAGUUAAACCGCGUAGAGCGCGAUUAUUAAGUGUAGAGAAUACAAUUGAGUUUAGAUAGUGUGAAGCUUGAGUUACGAGUGAUUUGAGAGGGGUGUGUUGCGACCUGUGAAUAUAAACCUAUCCGGUUUUGUGGA